UCACAUGAUCAGCCCGAGCGUCUUGUGUGAGCGUCCAGCACAGGCAAACAUCACAUUUUCCUCUUCGUUUGACGAUUCAGUAUCUUUAUUUAUACAUUUUGGGAAUUUCGAGCCGAAGUAUAUUUAUAUUUUUGUACAUUGGAGCUUAUUUAUACAGGACACAAAUGUCUAAAAGCGGAGUUUGCAACGCGGACGCUUCUCCUCAGCGGAGCUUGUUUCCAUAGAAACGGAUGCUAUGCUAAUGUACUGUAGACAGCUCUGUGAAACGUUUGCUUAUUACUUAUUCCCAAUGUUUUGGAAGCAGAACGGAACUGAUCUGUUUGAACACCGUGAAAUAUGCCAGACCAAGCACACCUCAGUUAACACAUUGACUCAAGCACCAUAGAUCUCCUGUAGAGAAGAGCUGAUCACACCCCCUAAGGAGCGAUGUCUCAGUUCGCCACUGAAGAUGAGACCGAGCUCCAAUGCCUGCUGAGAGAGCUCCUGAAAAGUGUGAAAGACAGGAUCUCAGGAGCACCGUCGGUGGAAUGUGCAGAAGAAAUCUUGCUUCACUUGGAGGAAACUGACAAGAACUUUCACAACUAUGAGUUUGUGAAGUAUCUGCGGGAGUAUGUGGAGAGCAGCUUGGGAGCGGUUAUUGAAGAGCAGACAGAGAGUUCUGCCAGGGGUGAUGGUCAUGCCGUCGGGUCAGGGCAGGACACCCUGGUUCAUGCUGUUACAAAGAACACUCGGGAGUCCACACAGUAUAAACAGAUGAUGCAAACGCUGAAACAGACCAUGAUGGUGGUGGUGGAAUCCCUGAUUAAUAAAUUUGAAGAAGAUCAACUAAAGAAAGAGGAAAUGCACAGGAAGAGCCAACGUGAGCAGUCAAGCAGCCAUUACACUGACAACUGCUCUGACAGUGACUCCUCAUUCAACCAGAGCUAUGCAUUUAUCAAGCAUGAACAGCUGCAAGUCAUCGCCGAGAAGCUUGACCCCAGCCGGCCACGCGAGGUGCGCUGGGACGCCCUGCAAUCUCUCUGCUAUGCUCCCCCGUCUGAUGUUCUGAGCUGCGAAAGCUGGACCGCCCUGCGCAGAAACCUAUCAGCUGCGCUUUCUGACCCUGACCCUGACAUCAGUGAUAAAGUUCUCUGCUUCUUUGCGAAAACCUUUUCAUCUUCUCCAUUAAAUGUAACUAAGGACGUAUACACCAGCAUAGUAAAAAGCUUGGAGGCGCAUUUCCUCUACCAUAAGUUGAGUUUUCCCAGUGGCUCUACAGGGAUCGAUGCGAACCGACCGGAUAUCGCUCGUCUUCUCAAACAAAUGUGUUUAAUGAACGACUUUCAAAAGGAAGUGACAACAUUUUGGAUACGACACCCUGAAAAGUACAUGGAGGAGAUCAUCGAGGCCACCCUCUCUCUUCUCUCUCUACAUUCUGAACUUGGCGCAGAGAAAUCUCUCGAACCCAUACACUUAAUCUCUCUACUGGAUAUUAAAGCCACCUGGUUUAAAAAAUGGAUGCAUGGCUACUACAGCAGAACUGUUGUCUUAAGGCUCCUUGAGAAGAAGUACAAGACAUUGAUUGUAAAUGCUCUUCAGCAGUGCAUUUAUUACCAUGAUUCCUGUGAUUCUGUCCGAGAUGAAAUCUUGGAAAUCAGCCAUGGCCUGGAACAUCAGCAGAUUGGUACUGCUCAGAGAACCCUCUAUGUUUCCAAAGAGCUGGAGUAUAUUUAUUUCGUUCACUCGUUGUGCGUACUCGGAAGGCUUGUGAUGUACACUAAUGGAAGAAAACUUUUUCCCAUUAAAGUAAAGAAACGGAGAGAUCCGGUAACUUUGACCGAUCUAGUGGUGAUACUCAUCAACAUCAUGUACCAACACCCUAAACCAUUCGGUGGUGAGACAGCGCAUACAGACUCGCUCUCCCCCACCAGUCUUGUAAUGGAGGUGUUGAGGACGCUGUGUGACCGCACGGAGUGUGCCGUGGAGUCUCUCUAUCAAAUCCCUGUGAUAGAGACGCUGCUGGACCCUAUUAUCUCACUGCUUAAAGGAAAGCUGCCCAAAUUAAAUUCCUUGGAAAGUGCCCUGACUUACACUGCAGACGCCCUGGCGCGAAUCGCUACCACUGAACGAGGUUUAUCACUCCUGCUUUAUGACAGAAAUCUCGUCUCGGCUGAGGGUGAAAGUAUUUCUGCAGCACAUGUGAUCGUGCAGUUUACCCAGAGACUGUUGGCAAAAGAGCUACUCGUGUUCUCUGAGCUGGAGAUUUCUCCCGCUGUGAGCGGGGCCUUCCUCUUCGUCUGUCGGCAGAUGUACAACACCUGCGAGGGGCUGCAAGUCCUGCGGCCUUACCGUCUGCACGAGAGCAUCGCCAAAGCCUGGAGAAAGACUAGCUCGCUGUCAGAGAGAGUUCCCACCCCGGUUCCUGGAGCCCCACCAGCUCUGGCUGCCCAAGAACCGCAGAACGUAGUGGCAUGGGAAGAGAUGCUGUUGGACAACCUGCUGAAUUUUGCUGCCACGCCAAAAGGACUGCUGCUUCUCCAACAGACCGGUGCCAUCAACGAGUGCGUCACAUACAUGUUCUCAAGAUUUACCAAAAAGCUGCAGGUCAGCAGGUGUGAGAAGUUUGGUUACGGUGUGAUGGUGACCCAGGUUGCUGCGACAGCCCCAGGCAUCGUGGCCUUGCAAAGCUCAGGUUUUGUCCAGACAAUUGUGGUAGAGCUGUGGUCAGCGCUGGAAUGUGGACGAGAGGACGUUAGGGUGGUCCAUCCGAAAUCUACUCCGAUGGACCCCAUCGACAGGAGCUGCCUUAAGUCUUUUCUUUCUCUAGUAAACCUUCUUUCUUCACCUCAUGCUGUGUGGGAACUGCUGGGACGUCGAACACUUCCCAACAAGACAGAGUACAAUCUGAGAGAGAUGGCCUCCUCUGUUUUAGACCUGAUGGACCGUCUCAUCAUUGUUAACUCCGAUGCAAAGAUUCACUCGCUUUUCAACUACGAGCAGUCCCACACGUUUGGCCUGAGGCUCCUGAGCGUACUGUGCUGUAACCUGGAUACUUUUCUUCUUCUGGAGUCUCAGUUCAAUGUCUCUGAGUUACUGCUGCAGGAUCAGAGGGCUAAUGUGACAGAGCCGCCCUCGGGUGAAGGAGAGUUUAUCAUUGAUGGGCUGUCUGUGGAAAGAAGCCACAUCCUGGUUCGAAUCGGCGCAGUAGGUGGCCCGUCUGAAAGGAGACUUCCUCCCCGAGCCCUACAGAAGGGGAAUGAUCCUUACCCUUGGCCGAUGGUGUCCAUCUAUCCUCUGCCCAAGUAUUAUAUCCUCGACGUGCACAAGACUCUCCGCAAUAAACAGGAAUCUGAGAUCAGUGCUUUCUUGGCCUCCUGUAAGGAAGCAGAAAGGGACUCUAGCUGGAUGGAAGAAUGUAGAAGACAGUUCUGUAAAAUCAUGGUUGCGAGAUCACACACUCUCGCUGGAUACGUGCUCGCCGAUCUGCUGGAGCGGGUCGUCUUGCAUCUCUCAUCUUCGUCCAUCGACUGCUUCUUUCCUCCUGCAGAAUAUAAAGGUUGGGGUUUAGUGAUGGACCACAGUGUGAAGAGCAGGAGCCUUUCAUCCGUGGAGCAGUUGGGUGUGGAGAUCUCGCUCAGGUACGGGAAGUUCCUGAAGUUACUGCGAGAUGAUUCUGAACCAGAUCUGUGUCUCCUGCUCAAGCACUGUCAGGAGUUUCUCUCUCAGCAGAGGAUCAAUGUGACCUCUGACCUCUCUUAUUUUCAGGGUGGUUAUCCUGGUCACGAUUGGUUUGCCUCCACGGUCUUUCUGCUCAUGCACGGUGACGUGGGCCGCUCACUGAGUCUGCUCCUGCGUUUCUCCCGUCUGCUGCCGUCCGCCUUCCUGUGGCCCCCGAGACUACACGGCUCUGUGAACCUCCCUAUAGAGAUCGCUCAGUCAGGUAUUCAUCCCAUCUACUCCUGCACUGCUCACUACGUGGAGAUGUUGCUUAAGGCCGAGGUUCCUCUGGUCUUCUCUGCCUUCAGAAUGUCCGGCUUCACUCCAUCUCAGAUCUGCAUUCAGUGGCUUGGCCAGUGUUUCUGGAACUAUUUGGACUGGUCUGAGAUCUGUCACUAUGUGGCCACGUGCAUCAUCAUGGGACCCGAUUACCAGGUGUACAUGUGUGUCGCUGCUCUCCGACACAUGCAGCAGGAAAUCCUGCAGCACACGCAGACGCAGGACCUGCAGGUCUUCCUAAAGGAGGAACCGAUUCACAGCUUCAGGGUGAGUAAUUACCUGGAGUACAUGGAAGGACUGGAACGCAACUACAGAUCCGUGGUACUCUCGGACAUGAGGAGCAUCUUGGCGAGGAGCAACUAGCGGGAAAUGGACAAACUCAUCAAAACCAGAUUCAAUGACAUUCAAUGGGAUGCUGCAGUGUAAUUCGUCCUGAUUCUAUUUAUUACAUGAAUUAUUGUUCUUAGUAUAUUCAUAAAAAUAACAUGUAAAACUUUAAAAAGUAUUACCAAAUUUAUAUGAAGAGGAAAAUGGACCUGUUUCAUAACAAUGUUGUGUUGUUUUACAAUCUGUUGUAUGUCAGCAGUAAAUAUAUAAAGUCUUUUGAUGCUUAAUUGUUGUUUUAACGGUCGACCAAACAUGCAUGUGACGUAUGUACAGGGCUGGGGAGUAACGAAAUGCUUAGUUACGUAUUUAAAAUACAAGAUUUGAGAACUGUAUUUCAUAGUUACUUUUAAAUGGGUGGUAAUCAAAUUACAGUUACAUCUGAAAAGUAUUUUAGAUCACCAAAGUGAUUAAUUGGAAUUUUAAUGUCAUUUGUUUAAUUUAAGCAUUCGUAUAAACUGAAACAGGCAAUUCAUGUAAACACCCAAUUGGUGGUUCUCUAACUCUGACAAUCUGCAAAAGCAUUAUAAAAAGCAGUUAUGCCCACAAGUUUCAUACCCCUUGCCGAAUAUGCAAAAUUUGACAAAAUAAGAGGGAUCUGGGUUCAUAGAAAUUGCAUGCUAAUAUUAUUUACAGUAGUACUGUCCUGAAUGAGUGUGAUAGUUGUUUGUGAGUUUCUUGUUCAAUUUUCAGGUAAUUGCGACUUUUUCUGUCACGGUUCUGACUUUUUCCUCACAACUGUGAGUUUAUAACUCGUAAUUCUGACUUAGAAUUGUUGUCUAAUGAGGGAAAACUGUAAAGCUGAGGCUGUUUAAAAUAAUAAGCAGAGCAAAGCCAAAGUCCUCUGUUUGAUGAUCCCUUUGUUUAAUGUACCGUAUUAGUAUUCCAAAGUAUUCUCAAGUAUUUAGAUUAAGUUACAAAACUUGUGAAAUCUAACGAAAUAAAUUACAGAUUACUUCUUAAAGCAUGUAUUUUGUCAUCUGUAGUGAAAUACUUUUGAAAAGAAACCUUCCCAGCCCUGCAUGAUAACACGUGUCAAGCAUGACUCGGAGUCUUGCUGUUAUUUUUACAAAAGCGUACCGUACAGUACAAUCAAAUCUGCAGCUGUUUAUUCUCUUUUAAGGAUGCCGUAUAAAAGCAGUAUCACAUUGACAGGCCAUCAUUAGCACAUGGAUGCAUUCUCUUUCCCUCGCCAUCUGUAGCUCGCACAGUGAAUAAUGAAUUGGAUCAUUAGAGAGGUGUCUGUCUCCCUCGCAACAAAUGCUAAAUAUUACAUAUUGUUUACCCAGUAGGAGGCAGGACCAGAAUUUUAGGCUGUGAAGUUUUCUUUGAGUGUUUCGUUUAAAGUCACUUGAAAAAGUUCCAUUGAAGUACUUGCGUACAGCCUACUUUUGAUUUAUGUAUGUUGAUA